UAAACGCCGGGUGUUUCAUAAUUUUUGUAAUAAGGUGAUAUUGUGAAUAAUACGAAAAUGGGAGCUACCGUAUCAAGGACUGAUUUUGAAUGGUCGUACACACAAGAACCGCAUGCAACUCGUAGAAAGGAGAUGCUACGUAAAUAUCCGGAGAUGAAAAAGUUAAUGGGUCAUGAUCCACUAUUGAAGUUUGCUGUAUUCGGUGCAGUGUUGCUUCAACUGUUUAUGGCCUAUAUGGUACAAGAUGCCAGCUGGGUUACCAUUCUCGUAUUGGCAUAUUGUAUUGGUGGCACAGUUAACCACUCAAUGUCUCUAGCUAUUCACGAAAUCGCUCACAAUUCAGCAUUUGGUCACACAAAACCUCUUGCCAACAGACUUUUAGGAUUUUUUGCGAAUAUACCAAUUGGAGUUCCUGUGUCUAUUUCAUUCAGGAAGUACCAUUUGGAGCACCAUAGAUACCAAGGCGAUGACGAGAAAGAUGUCGACAUACCAACUAAAUUAGAAGCGCAACUUUUUACAAAUGCGUUUACAAAGUUAAUUUGGGUUGUCUUGCAGCCUUUUUUCUAUAGUAUUCGACCGUUCUUUGUGCGCCCGAAAGCGGUACAACCGAUGGAAAUAUUAAAUAUAAUCUUACAGAUAGCUGUAGACGUAGCUAUAGUUUACUUUAUGAGCUAUAAAUCUCUAGUCUAUUUAAUAUCUGGCACGUUUUUAGCCACCGGGCUUCACCCAAUGGCAGGACAUUUCAUCUCAGAGCAUUACAUGUUUGAGAAGGGGUAUGAGACAUACUCGUAUUAUGGGCCUUUGAACUAUCUCACAUUUAAUGUGGGUUAUCACAACGAGCACCAUGACUUCCCAAGUAUUCCUGGAUCAAGACUGCCCUUAGUUCGUAAGAUUGCUCCGGAAUAUUACGACAAUUUGCCGUGCCAUACAUCAUGGGUGAAGGUCAUUUGGGACUUUAUAACAGACCCUGCGAUUGGUCCAUACGCUCGAGUGAAAAGACAACCAAUCCCCGUUAACCCAUCUAUAGGUGAAGAUACCCCGGAUGAUGCUGGAAAGUACGGAGUAGAUAUAUACGAAAAUAUGAAGAUGACGAAUGGUGUACAUGGAAACAAUGGUGUACAUGUUGGCAAUGGUGUACAUGUUAACGGCAAAGCCAAAGAAGCAUAAAUGCGACAAAGCCACAAAGAAGCAUAAAUGCGACAAAGCCACAAAGAAGCAUAAAUGCGUAACUUUGACAUGACAUAAUAUGGAAAGGAUAACCAGAUUCAUAGUUCAUUUAUAACUGAAAGUGUAUAGGGUUUCUCUUACUUUCAGUUUGCACUGUGAUUGAAGUGCUAAAUGUACGUUAUUGAAUUAGAUGGUGCUAACUCUAAAUAAUGAUGUGAAACCACUAAAAGUGACUGUCGUUAUAUUAUAGAGUUUAUACAUGUAUAUACAAUGUUUUACAUUGAUGUUGUCAUUUGUUUUAGGUCGAAUGGUGUGUAUAUACAUGUUCCAAUCAUGUUUCUUUAGUGAGAAUGUAAUUGAUUUUUAAAAAAGUUUUGUAGAGAAUAUUUGUUUCAGUUUUUGUUAUCGUUUUGAAAGUUCUUGCCCAGAUUAAAGUAUUUCAUUUUAUUUAAUUAAACCUAUUAAACCUAUACACCUUGGAUAAAGUCAAGUGGAGGUGCUCAGUUUUAUAAUUUUAACUUUUUUUAUUGAAUUAGUAAAAUAGUUUUACUUAAUAAAAUCAUCUUAAAUUUUUGUUCUAUUUUAGAUUUUAUUUUUUGUUUUACUUUUCUUUAGUACAUUUUAACAGUAAAUAAUUAUAGAUUUUUUAUAUUGUUGCAAAGUAGUUUGCUCCAUACAGCAAAAAGUAUUGGAUCGUAAUGUACAUUUCUGUAUAUGUCGUAUGAUAAAGCAUAUUAAUAAGCAGUUAAUAAUACUUUUAUCAUAGGUGAUUAAGUGAAAAACCUGCUUUACAGUAAACUUUCAAGACUUUUACAACAUAUUUAGUACUGUCUAUAGUAAUUGAUAAUAGCUGAAGUAUAUACAUAAUUUUAUUGCGUAAGACCACCCUGUACUCUUCCUAUAUUUCAAAAUGAUAUGCAUACAACGUACAUUGUACAUUAAAAUGAACCAAUUAAGUGUAAUGUUAUCAUAUGAGUUUAUGUUUUAAGUAACAACUUUAUCUCAACUGUACAACCAAGUGAGCAAUAAAUAAACCAAACUAUGUUAAAUAAUUAUAUCUUAUUAUAUAAUCAGUCAUAUAAAUUUAUUUACUCGCAUUAAGAAACCAAAUGUUUUUAAUCAUAUUUUGUACCUUAACCUUUACCCCAGUUAAAUAACGUAAAUGUACUUGUUUGUCUUUUAAUCAACCAUUCAUUGUUGUUAGGGAAAAUCUCAAAAUAAUUACUGGAUAAAUAGUGAUCAGUUCUGACCGAGAUCACGGUCUGAACGGGUCCCACUGGUCUGCACGGGUCCAACUGGUUGGAAGGGUAGAAUCUGUGGCUACCAGCAGGCUAAAUGUAUAAAUGACUGAUCGCAAUACACAUGUUUGCUGUUUGGAUUUGCUUUGUAAGGCACCAGAUUUCAAGAACACGUUUGUUUUUAUUUUUAUAAGUAUAUGUAUGUAUAAUGAUAUUUAGAUCUGUAUUUGUUUGAAUUGAUGAGUUUAAUUUUUUUCUAAGGAGAAAAGAUGUCUAAAUAUUGAUUGACGUUUUAUGUGACAAUAUGAUUAUAUGAGCCGCGUCACAACAGAACCAACAUAAUGCGUUGCGACCAGCAUGGAUCCAGACCAGCCUGUGCAUCUGCGCAGUCUGAUCAGAACCAAUGCUGAUCG